GCCCAGCAGCCAUCACACACGCUGGCCUGUGGUGGCACUUGUAUGUGUGUUUCUAAGUCAAUGAUGAGGGUAUCAGAACCGAUACUGGACAUGGAGAUGGCAAAUUACAGUGAAGUAUUGGACCCAACUUACACAACUUUGGAGUUUGAAACUAUGCAGAUUCUGUAUAAUUCAAAUGAUAGCUCUGCUCCAGAGACAACAAGUAUGAAUACCACAGACAAUGGUGUCAACUGCCUUUGUGCCAUAUGUGGGGACCGAGCAACGGGAAAGCAUUAUGGAGCAUCAAGCUGUGAUGGGUGUAAGGGCUUCUUCAGACGCAGCAUACGCAAGAGUCAUGUUUAUUCCUGCAGGUUCAGUCGGCAAUGUGUUGUUGACAAGGACAAAAGGAAUCAAUGCAGAUAUUGUCGAUUAAGAAAGUGUUUCAGAGCAGGAAUGAAGAAAGAAGCUGUGCAAAACGAACGGGAUAGAAUAAGCACCAGAAGAAGCGCAUUUGAUGGCAGCAACAUCCCCUCCAUUAACACACUGGCUCAAGCAGAAAUUCGGUCUCGCCAGAUCUCAGUCUCCAGCCCCGGCUCAAGCACUGACAUAAACGUUAAGAAGAUUGCAAGUAUCGGUGAUGUCUGUGAGUCCAUGAAACAACAGCUCCUCGUCUUGGUGGAAUGGGCUAAAUAUAUUCCUGCCUUCUGUGAGUUGCCACUGGAUGACCAGGUGGCACUGUUGAGAGCUCACGCAGGAGAACAUUUACUGCUUGGAGCUACGAAGAGAUCCAUGGUGUACAAAGAUAUUUUGCUUUUGGGGAACAACUAUGUAAUUCACCGUAACAGCAGUGAAGUUGAGAUCAGCCGUGUGGCCAACCGGGUUCUAGACGAGCUGGUACGACCGUUUCAAGAAAUUCAGAUAGAUGACAACGAAUACGCUUGUUUGAAGGCAAUCGUAUUUUUUGAUCCAGACGCAAAAGGGCUGAGUGAUCCGGUAAAGAUUAAGAACAUGAGGUUCCAAGUGCAGCUCAGUUUGGAGGACUACAUCAACGACCGGCAGUACGACUCCCGGGGGAGGUUUGGCGAGUUGCUUCUGCUCCUGCCCACGCUGCAAAGCAUCACUUGGCAAAUGAUUGAGCAAAUACAGUUCGUGAAGCUUUUUGGGAUGGUUAAAAUCGACAACCUACUUCAAGAAAUGUUACUGGGUGGUGCUUCCAAUGACGCUAGUCAUCUCCAUCAUCCCAUGCAUCCACAUUUGUCUCAAGAUCCAUUAACUGGACAAACUAUACUUUUAGGUUCCAUGUCAACACUGGUUCAUACGGACCAGAUCUCAACUCCUGAGACCCCGCUCCCUUCCCCACCACAGGGCUCUGGACAAGAACAGUACAAAAUAGCCGUCAACCAAGCUUCGGUGAUUUCACACCAGCCUCUCUCCAAACAAAAGCAAUUGUGAGAGUGUGUUUACUCCUGAAUGGCACUGCGUAAAUGUGAAAACUUGUUGGUCUUGACAUAACUCAGGAUAGUACUUUUGGCAAACUUUGAGCCAAGGCUUCUUUAUGGUGCUGUUGUAAGAUGGGAUCCUGGUUUUUUUUUUGUUUAUAGGCUCCUUUUGUUUGUUGUCCCUAUUGUUUAAAACUUUCCAGUGCGAGCAGUGUAUAUCUGAAUUUCCACAUGUCUGUAUAGUGUAUUUUUCCAACUUCCCUUGCACUGUCCCUGAACUAGUUGAAUCUUAUGUACUGUUUUCAUUUGUUGUCUUGAUAUUAAUUUAAAUCUGUAAAUAAUUGCUUCGUUGUGAUGUGAUGCAGAACUAAGUCGUCUUUUUUGACCAGAGCAGUAAAUCAGCAACUCCAGAUUAAUGUACAAUGAACCAAGGUUUUUUGUUGUUGUUGUUUUGUUUU